ACACUGCAGUAAUUUGCUUAUCCUUGGAUGCAUUCAUUAUUGUUUUAAACAAAAGAAUCAACAUGUUUUAGAUAUGCAGCGGUAUCAUCACUAGUUAACAUAAGACCUGUUUUGUGAUAUUAAGUCUAAGCUGCCUAAAGAAAUGAAAUUAUUUUUGAAUUUAAUUUUGUUAAAUAUGUGUUACAAUUUAAGUUUUAUUAACGCUAUGCAUCCGGAAGUUAAUUUAAAUUUUGAACAAAGAGUAAAGAGACAUGGUUAUCCUCUCGAAGUCCACACUAUAACCACAGAAGAUGAUUAUAUGAUAGACUUAUUGCGCAUUCCACGUGGUAUAUCUAAGUCUUCGAACGAGUCGAAAAAUAAAAGUGUCAUACUGAUUAUGCAUGGAAACGGUGGAUCACCGCAUAAUUUUAUAACAUUGGGAAGAAAAGUGGCACCAGCAUAUUAUUUUGCCGAUAGAGGUUUCGACGUAUGGUUGAUUUGCGGUCGAGGUGUACAUUGCGUCACAUCAAAAAAACAUAAGAAAUAUGAUUGGAAUAAAGAUUCAGAGUAUUGGAACUUUAGUUUUCAUGAAAUAGGCCUAUACGAUGUUGCUGCAGGCAUAAACUUCGUUACGAAUACUACCAACCAAAAGAAAAUAUUUUACAUAGGUCAUUCGGCAGGUGUGAAUGAGAUUUACGCCUUGAUGUCAGAGAGACCGGAAUUCAAUGAAAAAAUUAAAAUUGUGACCAACUAUGCUGGAAGUCCGAUUCUAACUCAAAUGGACUAUCCUGCUUUAGAAACAAUCAUUGAAUUAGCACAUGUUUUUAGAGGUUUGGCAAAACUACUAAACCUAUACGAGUUGGUUUCAGCGCCGGUUGCGGAAGUGGGAAAUUCUCUUGUUAAACAUAUGUGCGCUGACCCAAAAUUUAAGCGCGCAUGCAAGGCAGCUAUUUGGUGUUUUGGUUCGCACGUUUCAACUCUUAUAGAGGACAAUGUGGUUGAAAUAAUUGCCAGUGGAGCACCACCACGUUUUUCAAUGAAGGCACUCAUUCAUCUAAUGGACAAUGUAAAGAAUGCUGCUUUUCGUCAAUAUGAUUAUGGUGCGAAAUUAAACAAGAAAAUUUAUGGACAACCUCUACCGAAAGAAUACAACAUAUCCGCUUGUACUGCUCCCAGUGCUUUCUUUAGUGGUGCUACCGACUCUAUUGUGCUCAAAGAGGAAAUGUGGAAAACGCAAGAACUGCUGAGCAAUACCAUACUGGAUUAUGAAGUCGGUCCCAGCUUCGUCCAUUUGGAUUUUAUUUUUGCUAAAAACGCCACGUUCUUGCUUUACGAGCCCACCCUGAAACUUUUUAAAGAUUUCGAUGCUGGAAAAAUCCCACCCAGAAUAUUACGCAAAAGAAAUGUUUAGAUUUCCUAAUAAAUUUUAUUAAACAAAAUGAG